GUCUAUUCUUAGCCUGUCACUUCAACCCGUCCGACCAGGCGAGUCCUCCUCGACUUCCUCACACUUUUUUGUUGUGUUCACAUCUUCUUCUUGUGCUCUCAGAGGCCCCUGGCCCGCCCUCGCGUCCGCCCGCUCUGGCCGUUUCAGACCACUGAGCCAAGACAACAACAAGAAAAAGCUGUUACCUUAUUUUUAAGAAAAGGGAACAUUCCCCAGCUUGGAACAUGAGCUCAUACACGGUGUCGCUGCCCGGCCCGGGACCUUGGGGCUUCCGGCUGCAGGGAGGCAAGGACUUCAACAUGCCGCUCACCAUCUCCCGGAUCACGCCGGGUAGCAAGGCGGCACACGCCAACCUGGUCCAGGGCGACGUCAUCAUGGCCAUUGACGGUGUGAGCACCGAGGGUAUGACCCACCUGGAGGCCCAGAACAAGAUCAAGAUGGCCAACUACAAUCUGGCACUCACCAUGACCAAGGCGAAGCGUCCUGUUAUGCCAACGCCAAGAAUCGACGCCAGUGUUCCAAUAAUCCCUCACCAGCAGGUUUUCAGUCCCUCUGUUCCCAACGCCGUCGGCGGCGCGGUGGUGAAGCAGGCCGGCACGGCUAGCCACAAGGCCAUCGAGGUGACGGGCCCGGGAGGCAAGGCCACCAUCAUCCACGCCCAGUACAACACGCCCAUCAGCAUGUACUCGCAGGACGCCAUCAUGGACGCCAUCGCCGGGCAGACCAUGACCAAAGGAGACCAGACCGGUCCAUUUCCAGAGCGUCUGGUGGACAGCGCCUCGCCCGUCUACCAGGCGGUCCAAAGCGCACAGGAAGAUGAGGACGAGCGAGGACGCCGUCGCCAGGCCAGCACCCAGUCCAAAAGCUUCCAGACGCUCGCCCACAUGAUGGGAACGGGAACGCAGUGUGUAAUGGAGGAUGGGGAAGCGGAUGUUGAGGUGUUGACAAAGAGCAGCCUGACGCAUCAAUCGCCUGCCGGCGUCCAACACAAAGCGGCCGUGUCCAGUCAAUUUGGCCAGCCGGCCCCCGCCGCCCUGCCCCCUGCCCAGCAAGGCUCGCUCACUAUGCAUUACCAGCAGGCCCCGCCCAUGCCGCAAGCCUCGCCCCCACAGCACUACCAGCAGGCCCCUCCCACCCAGCAGAGUUCCAUUCAGAUACCUGUCAGCUCCGCCCCUCCCAAGGUGGUCAGCACGGCCUGCAUCUACCCGUCGCAGCCUGCUGCGCCACCUGCUCACCCGCCACCACACAUCCCCCAAGCUCACCCCCACCCCACCGCCCCAGUUCCACCCCAGGCAGCAGGUGACGCGGGUGGCAACCGCCCCCCCUGGGUAACCGACAGCUCCUUCGCCAAUAAGUUUGACCCGAGCAAGACCACCACUACCGUCAUCAAGGCGCCUCCACUGCCUCAGGCCGCGCCUCCGCCGCCCCAGUUCAUCCCAAAGGCCUCAGCGGCCGCCCCUGGCCCCGCCCCAGUCACUCCUAGCCCUGCCCCCUUCCCCCCUGUAGCCAGGGGGGUGGCGCAACGGGCCGAGAGGUUUGCCGCCAGCAGCCGUACGCCCUUGUGUGGAGCCUGUAACAGCAUCAUCAGGGGUCCAUUCCUGGUGGCGCUGGGCCGCUCGUGGCACCCGGAGGAGUUCAACUGCCACUACUGCAACAUGUCGCUGGCAGACGUCAGCUUCGUGGAGGAGCAGAACAGCGUUUACUGUGAGAACUGCUACGAGGAGUUCUUUGCCCCCACCUGCGCCCGCUGCAGCAUCAAGAUUAUGGGGGAAGUGAUGCACGCUUUGAGGCAGACGUGGCACACGACCUGCUUUGUGUGCGCUGCCUGCGGCAAACCCUUCGGCAACAGCCUUUUCCACAUGGAGGACGGAGAGCCAUACUGCGAGAAAGAUUACGUGGCGCUGUUCAGCACCAAGUGUCACGGCUGCGACUUCCCGGUAGAAGCUGGAGAUAAAUUCAUCGAGGCUCUCGGUCACACCUGGCACGACACCUGCUUCGUGUGUGCGGUGUGUCACGUGAACCUGGAGGGUCAACCCUUCUACUCCAAGAAAGACAAACCUCUGUGCAAGAAGCACGCUCAUGCCAUCAAUGUGUAACCUGGCAAACACACACACGCACGCACAUGCACACACACACACACACACACACACAACUACUGAUCACUACUUUUAAAUGUGUGUGCAAAAACAACAAUUUGCUUUCAGGUGGUUUUGACAAGAACUUUGCUUUCGGGUAGUUUUGACUAGAUUUUGUGACAGCUUCAUUUUGGCAUGAGUAAUUUUCAAACUCUUGCACUCACAAUAUUAAUUCAACAUUAGAUUUUUCAUGAAGACAGUGAAAACCAAACAUUGAAUCUAUCAUUGUUCUACAUGCUUGAACACAGUUUGAAAAAAAAACGUGGAAGUGCAGCAGUCUUUUUUGUUUGCUCAGCCUACCUAACAUGGGCUCUCCUACACUAUCUCAGACCCCUGAACUCAACAUAUAUUGUCCUUACUUAUGAAUAACCCAGAAUCAACCAACGACAUCCUCUCCUACAUUUGUACAUCACUGCUCCUAUUUAUUUUUCAAGUGUCACUCCUUGAUUUGGUGCUCAUCAAAAGGGAUUUACUUAAUCUAAUAUGAGUUUGAUUGUUGUAUCUAAAGCAUCUGGGAUUUCCCUUGCGUUUGUCUUUCUUUAUUUUAGGGAUUAUUUUUGAGUGGAUACGACAAGCCUGCUCAAGAUGUUUUUGUGUUUUUCGCUUGUAGAGAAAAUAAAAGGAGCUCAGCAGUUGAAUGAGUUAAUAGAUGUAUUUUAUCAUAUUUACCCUUUGCUUCAAAGCCCGAAUGAAGUUCCCCAUGAAAGGUGCAGAACAAGAACAAAACAUUUUUUUCAAGCAUCCAACUGUUCCAGAGCGGAAUGGACGGUCAAACCCGUCCAGUUUUUCGAUGAUUUUCAUGAAUGCGUACGCAUACCCCUUGUUUGUCGUCUCACUUUUUUUGCAUUUAUGCCACCACAUCGAGAAAGUGGAUUAAAGUCAAACAUUUGCUGCAA